AUGCUACGGUUCUCACUGUACCGUCUCGUGGUGAUGGUUUGUGUGGCAACCAUAAUCUACACAGCGAUACGCUGGUGUCAGAUCCUGUUCGGUCGGGCGGAUACCGAAAGUCAUCACUUUCAGCAUACCUGCAACAUGACCGAACUAUACCGGCAAGAGCUGGAACAUCUGUUCGAAAGAGUACACCGGCUGCUGGUACAGCACGGUCUCACGCACUUCCUCUGCUACGGUACACUCUGGGGACAGAUACGAAUGACCAAGAUGCUACCCUGGAGAGAGAAGGCCGAAUUCUGUGUGCUAAACGAUGAGCUGAUGCGUCACGAGGAGGCACGCUUCAUACGUAACUUCUACAGCAGCGAGCUACAGAUCCACUAUCUUCACUCGGAGGGCAUCUACAGGAUAUUCGCCAAAGAGCCCACAGUUGUACGGCAUGCGACGCCGUACGUGGAGCUGGUUGUAUUUCAGCUAGAUGAAACGCAAGGAAUGUACAAGCGGAUCGGCUGGAAGCGGCGCCUCUUACCACCGCACUGUGACUGGACACCGUCGUUGGAGUGUUUUCCCAUCAAUCUGCUACAGGGUACGCUACCGAAACGACCACUCGGACGGUACCACUACACCGUACCGAUGGGUGGUAUCGAGCUGCAAAAGUACCACUAUCCAGAUAAUUGGUGGAAGGAUGUGAAGGUUCGAAACUGCAAUCUGCAUUAA